CCUCCUCUUGCCAUUGGCCGGCUGCGCGCGUCGCCACGCUUUUUCUCCAAUCUCAUUGGCGAACAGCGGGAACGAGUCGGACGGCUCGCCCAGUCCGCGCUGAGAAGGAGGGAUCCCUGCUUUGUUAUUGGCCAGCGAGCCGCGGCGGGAAGCCCAACGGGGGAGCGGCGCUGCUUUGGCGCCCACUUUGAGUGGGGGCGGCCCGCGGCUGCCGGCGUUCCCCCGCCGCUGCCGCCAUGUUCGUGUCCGACUGCCGCCGAGACUUCUACGAGCGCAUUGUCAGCCAGCGUGUUCUUCUUCUUGUGGCUUCAGAUGUUGAUGCACUAUGUGCUUGUAAAAUACUCCAAGCUUUAUUUCAAUGUGAUCAUGUGCAAUAUACACUUGUCCCAGUGUCUGGAUGGCAAGAACUUGAAACUGCCUUUCUUGAGCAUAAAGAUCAGUUCAAAUAUUUUGUUCUUAUUAAUUGUGGUGCCAAUGUUGACCUGUUGGAGAUCUUGCAGCCUGAAGAAGACACGUUUUUUUUUGUAUGCGACAGCCACAGGCCUAUCAAUGUUGUGAAUGUUUACAAUGAGACGCAGAUUAAGCUGUUAGUUAAACCAGAUGAUGAUCUUGAUGUUCCUGCUUAUGAUGAUAUCUUCAGAGAUGAAGACGAAGAAGAAGAGUCAGAGGCUGAAAGUGAUGGGUCAGAACCUUCAGAUAAGCGUAGACGUUUUGAAGAGGAGGUAAUUGAGAGAACGAUGAAAAGACGCCAAAGAAGAGAAUGGGAGGCACGCAGACGUGAAAUUCUUUUUGAUUACGAACAGUAUGAAUACCAUGGGACCUCAUCUGCAAUGGUGAUGUUUGAUCUGGCAUGGAUAAUGUCUAAAGACUUGAAUGACAUGUUGUGGUGGGCUAUUGUUGGCCUAACAGAUCAGUGGGUCCAAGAUAAAAUCACUCAAAUGAAGUAUGUGACUGAUAUUGGAAUUCUACAGCGUCACGUGUCUCGCCAUAACCACCGCAAUGAGGAUGAAGAAAAUUCUCUGUCAAUUGACUGCAUGCGAAUAGCAUUUGAAUAUGAUCUGCGCCUGGCACUUUAUCAGCACUGGUCUCUGUAUGAGAGUCUCUGUAACACUUCAUAUACCUCUGCUAACCUUAAACUUUGGUCUGUACAAGGGCAGAAGAGGCUACAGGAGUUCUUGGCUGACAUGGGUUUGCCUUUGAAGCAAGUGAAACAGAAGUUUAAUUCCAUGGACAUUUCUUUGAAAGAAAAUCUUAGGGAAAUGAUUGAAGAAUCUGCAAGCAAGUUUGGAAUGAAGGAUUUAAGAGUUCAGACCUUCAGCAUUCACUUUGGCUUUAAGAACAAGUUCUUAGCAAGUGAUAUAGUUUAUGCAACAGCUUCUCUCAUGGAGAGUAUAGAGAAAGAAGGGCCCGAAACAACUAAUUUCAUUAAAGCUUUGGACAGUCUCUCCAGGGGUAACCUGGACAAACUGCACCAAGGACUGGACCUAGCCAAAAAGCAGUUACGAGCCAUUCAGCAGACAGUAGCCAGCUGUAUUUGCACCAACCUUGUAAUUUCUCAAGGGCCUUUUCUCUACUGCUCACUCAUGGAGGGAACGCCAGAUGUGAAGCUGUUUUCCAAACCAGUGUCUCUGUGCCUGCUCAGUAAAUACUUGCUCAAAUCUUUUGUCUGCUCUACAAAAAACAAGCGCUGUAAACUGCUGCCCCUGAUAAUGGCUGCACCAAUGGAUGUUGAACAGGGAACUGUGAUCAUGGUGGGGAUUCCUCCAGAGACAGAAAGCUCUGAUAAAAAGAACUUUUUUGGAAGAGCUUUUGAGAAAGCUGCGGAAAGUACCAACUCCCGGACUUUACACAACCAUUUUGACAUGUCAAUAAUUGAAUUGAAAACAGAAGAUCGGAGCAAAUUUCUGGAUGCACUCAUUUCUCUCUUGUCAUAACGCAAUGCUUUUUGGCUCCUCGUGCUGGAAGCUGAGGAUCAGAUGCUCUGAAAAUGAUUUCAGAUGUUCCAAAGUUCAUGGUGCUGCAGUUGUGAUGUUCAUCUUGUUUUUUUCUUAAAUGUGCUGAUACAGGACUGUUGUUUUUAUGUUUCUUAGGAGGUUAGGAGGAUUUUAAUCUGAGCACACAGAUAUUUAAUGCUGCUUCUUUGUAAAGACCUAAUCCUUGUAAUGGCAAGACAUGUCAAUUUAGGAGUAUUUGUAAAUUGAGAUUCUGUUUGUCAAACCUGCUUUUAUUAGUAGACGUGAUGUUUAGAUGUUGUGUUGUUUAGAUGUUGCUUAAUCACAAAAAAUAGGUUUUGAAGUUCUGUAUUUAUUUUUGCGUUAUAUUGCCAUUCACGUGUUCUUUUAAAAAUUUCUGGAAUGCUUUUUAUCUUUUUUUAUAAGAAACUUGUUGUAAACUCCCCUUGGACUUCUAGAGUAUUGAAAAUCUUUUUUUAAUACCAUCAGGUUGAGGUCUUGUACUUUAGUUGAAAUAACUGCUUUGUGAUGCAGGUUUUAUGAAUUUUAGGGCUUUUAAAAUCUAAGUACUAAGAAACUGUCAAGUACCAGGUUAAAACAAAAACUAUGGAGUACCGAUAUCAGUAAAACUUUCUUAGUCAUGCAUUGUGAUACUGUAUUGUCACUUGUAUAUUGGCUUUGGGAAUAAUUUUCCUGGAGAGAAUCUACAAUAAUGUGAUAAUUGUGCGUGGACUAUAGCAUUAUAAAUACUGACAGACUAGAUCUAUCCAUUUCUAUAACAGAAACUUAAUUUCAUUCUGAUCAUAUAAAAUUUUAUUGCUUUUUAGACUUAUCCUGCUUCACAUUGGGUGGGUAUGUAUAUGUGUAUGUUUGGAGUUCUUUUUGUCUUGCCACGUUUGCUAGAAUUAUGUAUGACUUUAAUAGUUUCAGUGUACUAUAAUGGAUAUGUAAAGGUUAUGUAUCAUUGCAUCAUACUUUGUACAGACUUUUAAUACGAGUUAAUUUAAUAUUAAUUGUGAUUUAGAUGUAGCCAACGGAAAACUAAUCUAUAUAUUUUAUUCAAACAAAAACAUUUUUUUAAUGCUGCCAUUUUAUCUGAGCAAUAAAAUCCCUGUGCCAAACUA